AUGGGCCUGCUUGUGGGCGAGGAGCUGCCGUUGGGCCUGCGCCGCUGGAAGGAUACCUCAGGCUGGGGUUGGAUCGCUACACAGCCGGGCUCCAGCAAGACCAGGUGGUUCAGCGCAAAGAUUUGGCACAGCUGGCGCCUGGCCUUCCUCUUGGCGCGGCUCCAGCGGCAGCUGUGGAUGGCCAAAGCUGCAGAUGCCGGUAAUGCCGGGCAGAUAGUCGAGGCACAGGCGCCCGCCGCGGAAGAAGGAAGAGGAAGAGGAAGAGGAAGGGCCGGCAGAGCCGGCAGAGCCGGCAGAGCCGGCAGGGCCGGCAGGGCCGGCAGGGCCGGCAGGGCCGGCAGGGCUGGCGCUGGCAGGGCCGGAAGAGCUGGCAGGGCCGGCGCUGGCAGAGCUGGGCGGGCCGGGGCAAGAGGUAAGGCGGCGAAGGAGGCGGAAGCUGACGCAGGACCAGAGCCACGAGGUAGGGGACGGCCUCGGGGACCGGGACCGAAAGAGAAGAAGCAGCGACUUCAUGGGAAAGGACCUGAGUGGGACAUCAUUGAGGUGCCCAGAACGCCCAAUGGCUUGAUAGGCGGCCGGCACCGAGCUCUGAGCCUCUUCAACCUGCGCAGCGCUGCGGGAAGAGAGGCGCUGGCAGGCUUCAUGAAGGACGGAUUCACGGUGGUGUGUGGCGUCUUCGGCGCGGAGCAGUGUGACGGAGCGGUGGACAAGAUUUGGGACUUUGCGAAGGGGCGAUGUGCGGCGCUCGACCACGCAGAUGAGAAGACUUGGACGCCCGAGAACUGGAGCCAGGUGGUGCGGGGCAAGAACCUGUGCCAGCUCCAUGGCGCGGGCUGGGUGCUGUGGCAGGAGCGCCUGCAGUUCCGGCGGCGGCUCAUCGAGCUGGGCAUCUACGCCGAGCAACCGCACCACGUGAGCUGGGACGGCUUCCAGUUCGGCCGGCCCUCGAAGCUGCUGUCCGCUAGGGACUGGGACCACACGGAUCAGGUCCUCCUCAACGGGGAGAGCACCGGGUGCACCUAUGUGCAAGGCCUCGUUGCGCUGAACGAGAUGGACGCGCUGGAGGGCCCGGCCUUCGAGUGCUGGCCCGGCACGCAGCACGACGAGGUCUUCUGCGAGCUGCAGAAGGGCCAAGGCCUGUGCGAGGCGCCGGUGGGCAGCUUCCGGCCGCUGCAGGACGCGGGCCGCGGGUGGCUCCGGGGCAGAGGCUUCCACCGCCACCGCGUGGCCUUGCGCCCUGGGGAUGUGGUGCUCUGGGACUCGCGGCUGGUGCAUCAGGGCGGGGCUCCGCAGGCGGUCUGGGCCUCCCGUGCCACCGCCCCGGCGGGGCGGUGCUGCCGCAGCCGCACCGGGCGCCUGGCGGCCUAUGUCUGUUUGGGCCUGGCGGAGUUCACCCCUGCCAGCGUCCUGCAGAAGCGGCGCCGCGCCUUCGAGGGCAAAGAGGCGCUGACGCUGAACCACAAGCCCGACGCCUUCGAGCCCUUCAAGAAGAGCCGUUUCCACGCGAAUUCCCCGGCCAUGAAGCUACCUGAGCUCUCUGAGGAGGCCAAGCAGCUGCAUGGCUUGUGA